AUGGAGGAUCUGUCGCCAUUGAAUUUCAAGAGACCUGCUUGGUCCAAGAGACGUGGAGCGCUCUUUGCGCUGGGUGUCGGAAUUGCUGCGAUCGUGAGUGUGGCGUAUCGAACCACCAAUGAAUACAGCGAUCGCUUUGAUCCAGACACCUUGUCAGUCGGAAGUCUUUUGCGCAUGUUCAUGGACACCACAGAGUACCUCGACGCUGCGGGCUGGGCCGCGCAAGAUGGGACCUUCGUCCCACGCGAGCCAGUGAGGCUCGACGCAGACCAACAGAGCUUGGUGAGUGUUUCAAGGUACUUCUCCAGAACCUCCAAAGUGGAUGCCUGUGGGGCUGGCAUCCGAGACGUCAUGCAUGUGGACGUCGUUCUUCCUGGUGUGGAGCCAAUAUACGUCAUGGAGGCUCUGUCGAACCCAGAUUACAGGCACUGGAAUCCUUCUCUCCAUGAUGUCACCUUUCGACGACAUCGGCGUGUUCCCCUCGAAGCCAAUUUAAAAGACUACUUCUCUCCGGAGGAGAUGCAGGUGAAAGGGGGCUAUCGCAAUUUGGCCCGGGACAUGGGGGACACCAUCGAUGUCGCGGCUCAGGUGGCCGAGAUGCCUCUUCCAAGAAUUAUCCAGAAAGCCGUGGGACGACGUUUCACCUCCGACUUCAUUGCUGCCCGCCAGAGGCUUUGA